UGCUCCAUCUCCCUCGGUCCCUCAGUCAUGGCGGUGCAGGGAAGGAGCCGAGAAGAUGGUCUAAACCGCAAAACAACACCAUGAUCUGCUUGAGUUAGACUCCAGCAGCUCCACUUUGGACUUUACCGUUCGGAUCUCCGCUCUUGUUUCGCCUCCGGGACUGACGCGCUUCCCCGACCCUGCGCCCGAGCCAUGGCCGACCGCGGCGUUGAUUUGUCGGCUCUGCCUAAAGAGGUCAGGGACCAGCUGGCGGAGUUGGACCUGGAGCUCUCUGAAGGGGACAUCACACAAAAGGGCUAUGAGAAGAAAAAGACUAAACUUCUGGCUCCGUUCAUCAUCCAGGCGCCUCCAGUGGAGCCUCCUCCUAAGAAUGAUGUCCAACCUGCUGCCCCGCCCUCCUCCUCAGGCCACGCCCCUCAAUCGUCGAAUGCGUCGCGGUACAGAGAGAGGCGCUCCAAGAGGUCGCACCGCAAUGGAGGCACCAGGGACGACCGCUACAGAUCAGACAUCCACACUGAGGCGGUGCAGGCGGCUCUGGCCAAACACAAAGAGGAGAAGAUGGCUCUGCCCAUGCCCACGAAGCGCCGCUCCACCUACGUCCAGUCUCCCAUCAACACACGCACGCCUCCAGACUCCUCCUCUGGGUCUGAAGACGACUCGUCUAGUCGCAGACAGUCGACUGGAGCCGCUCCGAUGCCUCAGGUCCACCCCGGGCUCCAGUCAAACUUCCAGGUGCCAUCCUCCUUGCAGAGUCCUGAAGCCUGGAUAAACCGCUCUGUUCAGGGCUCCUCCACCUCCUCCUCCGCCUCCUCCACCAUGUCCCACGGAGAGCCCAAACCCGCCCAGGCCCAGCCCCAGUACAAGCCCCAGUACCAGCCUCUGUACCAGCCCCACGACACCAGCGCCGCCGCCAUCACCAACAUGCUCGCUCACUCCAGGAUCGCUCCACCUGAAAACAGUGCCCCCCCUCCAGAUGUGACCGCUGUAGUUCCCCCCACGACCACCAGAGGGCCACGCGUCGACCGACCGUCCAUCGCCACCGUCCGAGGAAUGAGCCGAGGCCAGAGUCGCUCCAGUAUGAUGGAAACCGCCGAUGGAGUCCCGGUGAACAGUCGUGUUUCCACUAAAAUCCAGCAGCUCCUGAACACUUUGAAAAGACCAAAGAGACCCGAACUCAGUGAAUUCUUUACAGACGACUCAGAGGAGAUAGUGGAAGUGCCCCAGCCAGACCCCAACACGCCGAAGCCCGAGGGCAGACAGAUCAUCCCAGUGAAGGGGGAGCCUCUGGGGGUGGUGAGUAACUGGCCUCCUGCUCUUCAGGCCGCUCUGGCUCGAUGGGGCGCCACCCAGGGGAAGAGUCCUGCACUUACAGCUCUGGACAUCACCGGGAAACCUCUGUAUACGCUCACAUACGGAAAGCUGUGGAGUCGCAGUGUGAAGUUGGCCUACACACUUCUGCACAAACUGGGCACCAAGAACGAGCAGAUUCUCAAACCUGGCGACAGGGUGGCGCUGGUGUACCCUAACAGUGACCCGGGUAUGUUCUGGGUGGCCUUUUAUGGCUGUCUACUGGCUGAAGUCAUCCCUGUGCCAAUAGAAGUCCCGCUGUCUCGAAAGGACGCAGGCAUCAGUCAGCUGGGCUUCCUUCUGGGCAGCUGUGGCGUUGGUUUGGCUUUGACCAGUGAGAUCUGUCUGAAGGGUCUGCCCAAAACCCCAACGGGAGAAAUACUGCAGUUUAAAGGUUGGCCAAGAAUGAAGUGGGUGGUGACAGACUCCAAAUACUUGACUAAACCUGGGAAAGACUGGCAGCCGCACAUCCCCACUGCCAAUACAGACACUGCAUAUAUAGAGUACAAGGCGAGUAAAGACGGCACAGUGGUUGGCGUAGCUGUUUCUAAAGUGGCCAUGUUGACGCAUUGCCAGGCUCUGACUCAGGCCUGUAACUACUGCGAAGGAGAAACGAUGGUGAACGUGUUGGAUUUUAAAAAGGAAAUGGGACUUUGGCAUGGAGUUCUGACAGCUGUGAUGAACAGAAUCCAUACCAUCAGUGUUCCUUAUGCUGUGAUGAAGGCCUGUCCUCUGUCCUGGGUCCAGAGGGUCCACAUACACAGAGCGCGCGUGGCUCUGGUGAAGUGCCGGGACCUGCACUGGGCCAUGAUGGCGCACAGAGAACAGCGUGACACCAGCUUCACCUCACUCAGGAUGCUCAUAGUGGCCGAUGGAGCUAAUCCAUGGUCUGUGUCUUCGUGCGAUGCCUUCUUAAAUGUGUUCCAGUCUCAUGGGCUGAAGCCGGAGGUGAUCUGUCCCUGUGCAGCGUCUCCAGAGGCUCUCACUGUCGCCAUCCGCAGACCGGGUGUACCUGGUGCCCCCCUCCCCGCUCGGGCCAUCCUCUCUAUGACCGGCCUCAGUCAUGGUGUGAUCCGAGUCAAUACAGAGGACAAGAACUCUGCCCUCACUGUUCAGGACGUGGGCCAUGUGAUGCCCGGAGCCCUGAUGUGUAUAGUGAAACCGGAUGGACCUCCUCAGUUGUGUAAAACAGACGAGAUCGGAGAAAUCAUCAUAAACUCUCGUGCUGGAGGAACCAUGUACUACGGUCUGCCCGGACUCACCAAGAACACAUUUGAGGUGAUACCAGUCAAUGCAAAUGGAGUUCCAAUUGGAGAGAUCCCAUUUGUGAGGUCUGGACUGCUUGGGUUUGUUGGACCAGGCAGUCUGAUCUUUGUGGUGGGUAAAAUUGAGGGUCUGCUGAUGGUCAGUGGAAGGAGACAUAACGCCGACGACCUCGUGGCCACUGCUCUGGCCGUGGAGCCUGUCAAAACUGUUUACAGAGGAAGGAUUGCAGUGUUUUCGGUGACGGUGUUUUACGACGAGCGAGUGGUGAUCGUGGCAGAGCAGAGACCAGACGCCAGUGAAGAGGACAGCUUCCAGUGGAUGAGCCGAGUACUGCAGGCCAUUGACAGCAUUCACCAGGUGGGGCUCUACUGUCUGGCCCUGGUCCCUGCGAACACUCUUCCCAAAACUCCUCUCGGGGGGAUCCACAUCUCGGACACGAAGCAGUUUUUUCUGGAGGGAAGUCUUCACCCCUGUAACAUCCUCAUGUGCCCCCACACCUGCGUCACCAACCUGCCCAAGCCCAGGCAGAAGCAACCAGUGGGAGUGGGCCCUGCAUCUGUGAUGGUGGGAAACCUAGUGGCCGGGAAGAGAAUCGCGCAGGCGGCCGGACGAGACCUGGGAAUGAUCGACGACCAGGAUCUCGUACGAAAGCACCAGUACCUGGCCGAGGCUCUGCAGUGGAGGGCCCAGAGCGACCCAGACCAUGUCUUAUUUGUCCUGCUCAAUGCAAAGGGCAUGACUGUGUGCACAGCCACGUGUGUGCAGCUCCAUAAAAGAGCCGAGAAGAUCGCAGCAGCUCUGAUGGAGAAAGGAAGCAUCAACACAGGGGAGAACGUGGUGCUGCUCUACCCCCCAGGCAUCGACCUGAUCGCAGCGUUUUAUGGGUGUCUUUACGCUGGAUGUGUCCCAGUCAACGUCAGACCUCCUCACCCACAGAACCUGGCUGCCACUCUGCCCACCGUGCGCAUGAUCAUCGACGUCAGUCGAGCCGCCUGUAUCCUCACCACUCAGAACCUCACCAGGAUCCUGCGCUCUAAAGAGGCAGCCGCUUCUGUAAAUAUAAAGACGUGGCCAACGAUCAUCGACACAGAUGACCUGCCUCGACGGCGCCCUCCGCAGAUCUACAAACCUCCGACCGCAGAGAUGAUCGCGUACCUGGACUUCAGCGUGUCCACCACAGGCAUGCUCACCGGGGUCAAGAUUUCUCAUGCUGCGAUCAGUGCUCUGUGUCGCUCCAUCAAACUCCAGUGUGAACUUUACUCGUCUCGACAAAUCGCCAUCUGCCUGGACCCGUACUGUGGCCUGGGCUUCGUCCUCUGGUGCCUCGCAAGUGUGUACUCAGGGCACCAGUCGAUCCUAAUCCCUCCCUUUGAGCUGGAGAGCUGUGUGUCUCUGUGGCUCACCACUCUGAGCCAGUAUCGCAUCAGAGACACGUUCUGCUCGUACUCUGUGAUGGAGCUGUGCACCAGGGGCCUGGGCACACAGACUGACCUGCUCAAGGCACGAGGGGUAAAUCUGUCAUGUGUGCGGAGCUGUGUGGUGAUCGCAGAAGAGCGCCCCCGUCUGGCCCUGUCACACUCCUUCUCCAAACUCUUUAAAGAUGUGGGUUUGUCCUCCAGAGCCGUCAGCACCGCCUUUGGGUCAAGGGUCAACCUUGCAGUCUGUCUACAGGGCACCACUGGACCUGAUCCUUGUACAGUUUAUGUGGACAUGAAAUCCCUCCGCCAUGACAGAGUUCGACUGGUGGAGAGAGGAGCACCUCAGAGUCUUCCACUGAUGGAGUCAGGAAAAAUUUUACCUGGAGUUCGAGUAAUAAUAGUAAACCCUGAAACUAAAGGUCCACUUGGUGAUUCACAUCUGGGGGAGAUCUGGGUGCACAGUCCUCAUAACUCCAGUGGAUAUUACACCAUCUACGGAGAGGAGGGGCUGCAGGCCGACCACUUCAACACCAAACUCAGCUUCGGAGACCCUCAGACACUUUGGGCGCGCACCGGAUACCUGGGCUUUGUCAAGAGGACCGAGCUCCUGGAUGCUAGCGGAGAUCGCCAUGACGCCCUGUUCGUGGUGGGGUCUCUAGAUGAGACUUUGGAGCUGAGGGGUCUACGGUACCACCCCAUCGACAUCGAGAUCUCUGUGUCCCGGGCUCACCGCAGUAUCGCUGAGAGUGCUGUGUUUACAUGGACCAACCUUCUGGUGGUGGUGUCAGAGCUGUGUGGCUCUGAGCAGGAUGCAUUGGACCUGGUUCCUCUGAUCACAAACGUGGUUUUGGAGGAGCAUCACCUGAUCGUGGGCGUAGUGGUCAUCGUAGAUCCAGGAGUCAUCCCCAUCAAUUCCAGGGGCGAGAAGCAGCGCAUGCACCUGAGGGACUCUUUCCUCGCAGAUCAGCUUGACCCCAUCUACGUGGCUUACAACAUGUGAACUGUUCACAUACAAUAUUCAAUAAUCAAUAUUCAAUAGUGCUGCAGAUAAAGUUGGAAUCAUUUAGGAAAGGCAAGUUUAUUUGUGCAGCUCGUGUAGAUUUUCACAGUCUGGGAACCAAACAACGUCAUUGGUGAUCUUCAACUUAAGUAGACUUCUGUCACCUUUAAACAACAACAUUUAGUCCUUCACUUCAUUCCGCAGAUUCUGUUUUUCACUCCUCUGUUAUUUUUUCUUUCUUUUUUUUUACUCUUAAGCCUCCGUGUUUUUUCACACAAACGGACCAGGAGUUUGUCUGUUUUAAAGGAACUGUAUGUAGCCUGCUCUCUCACAGUUUAAAAAAGGUGCAAUCACAACUCGACCUGUGUUGCCAGAGCAUUAACCUGCAGACAGAGGACACAUCCGAGUUUUUUCUCACUCUCAGUAUUCACCUUAUUCCAGAAGCUGCCAUGGGUGCCGCCAUCUUUAUUCAGGUUAUAUUAUUUUGCAUGAGGCUGCCGAUCUUUACAGCAAAUAAAGCUGUUUUAAAUACUCUCCUUUUACACAAAUGAACUGAAUUGAAUGGGGUCCCCAUUUAAGCAGAAGUGCCGCCACAAAAAAGCCCAGUUUUGGAGCAUUUAGAGACAAAAGUGGGCGAGGCGGAAUAAGGUGGAUAUGGACAGCAUAUACUGCAGCUGAAGAGGCUGCACUAGCACUGACUCACUGACUGCAGGUGCUGGGGUUUAUAAUUGUAAAUCGGCAUUACACUUGUACCGAGUAAGAGUUUGUUUGAUGUGAAUAUGUCUUCCUUGUAUUGAGAAUACAGUUCAGGUCAUGUUUAUGAAGUUCAAAAUCAAAAUACAUACAGUUUCUUUAAGAUAUGUUCUCAUUUUGAAGUCAAAUAAAAACUAGAUUAUUCCAACUUUAGGAGCUGCAGUGUUCUCCAGCUUCACCAGCAGAUCUCCUCUCUCCAAGUCACUGUGGAAAAAAAACAAACAACAUAAACGGCAACAACUCGACUUGAACAAACCAGUUUUUAUUGCACUUCGUAGGGACAGAACGGACGCCUGCUUUUUGUACAAAGUAAUAAUUUUCUAAAAUUACCACAAAACACACUUUCUCUUUUGAACUAACACUGCACAGUUUUACAAGCUGCUUUCAAACUCACAAAUGCAUGUUUCAGGUUUUCUUGUAUUUUUAAUGAAAUUUUGAUUCACUAGAACACAGUGAUUCUCUACUUGUGGGACGCCCAAUUUUAUACAAAUGAUUUUAUCCUUCUGUUUUAAUUUUUGGCACAUUUUACAUCUGCACUAUGUACAUUUUCUGGUGAGGGUUCAUUCUGUUUAUCUCUAUGACGAUGUUAUUGCCUGGAAAGUUCCACAAUAUGCAUUAAACACAUAUCUAUCUUUAGGUCUGCUCAAGGUUUUUUGGAGUCUCUACAACCAUCAGUGGCGUUAUUUAAAUAUUUAUUAGACAAAUUUGCAUUAACAGUGACUCGCAAAGACGUAGACAAAUCUAUAACAUCUCCAUUGAGACAAGCAGCUGGCAGACCCUCCAUAGAAGUUCCAUAGUGUACGUAUAAAAACAUAUAUUUGAACUUUUAUUUUGGGUUCGCUCCGUCCAGUUGAGAAUGGCUGCGUUUGGAAGGCGCAUACAGAGCAGCCCGUGUACAUUUCAUUGUCUUAAUAUAACUAAUAUUGUCCCAUAAAAUGUCGAAGCCAAAAAGACUUUAGUCAAUCCCUGUUUUAAUUCCUGCCUUAUACAGAACUAGCCAUACAUUCCUCUAUCGAUUUCAAGUGUUCUUUGUUUAAUGUUGAGUCUUCUGUUGUGGGCAGUGGUCGUCACCUGGGGAACAGUUUGGUGCCAUUUUUAUUCAGUAAUUUUAUGGUGCCCCACUAUAAUUGUGUUACUUACUUGCUUCUUGCACUUAUUCUAGAAACAUUCCCACUUAAGGUUGAAUACUUGACUGUCUUUAUCUGUGGGAAAGAGGUGAAAAUGUGGGGCUGUCGUCCAAAAGUCCUCAAAUAAUAAGAUAGAAGUUGAAAAUCUAGUUAUAAGUAGAGAUUCUCUUGCCUGGAGAUUGUCAACGCAUGUCGCUGUUGUGUCUUUGGGCAAUACACUUCUACAACUUCCAGUCUUUUGGUAUUUUAGUGCAGUUUAUUAGCUGUUACUACAAUCGUAAAGGUGUUGUACCUGAUUUUGACUGUCUUAACAAGGUGAAAAACAGAAUUAGUUCAUUGUAAACAGUUUGCAGCAUGCUAACUUGCACUUCCUAAUUAUCAGACAAUAAGAUGAUUUAGAAUUCAAUGCAGUUAGUACUUAUUUAGAGCUCAUGAGCUGCUUCUACAAUACAUCUGUACUGAGACAAAAUUUACUCAAAUACAGCAAAAAAUCUGGUACAGGCACCUCACUCAAUUUUAAUUUCAAGGUUACAAAACUAGAAUUCUACUUGUGUUGUCAUUUUGAACCCAGUUGACAACCACUGCCUAGUAUGAAAUUAAUGUUUUAAAAAAUUAAACCAUGAAUAACAAAGAAAAGAGAGUAUAUCCUGUACUGUAACAAUCCUUUUGGUAUUUUAGAUACUGUAUCUAACUGUAAAAACAUUGAAAUUGUACAAAUGUAUGAAUGCUUCACACGUGUUUGAGUUCCAGGCGCUCGGACAAUAAGGACGGGGAAUAUGUAAAUAAGAUGUGAUAGUUUUGGCAUUUACGGAUUAACGGUUGUUUUCAGUGGUAACGUUUGGUUAGGAUUAACAAUGCACUUUUCAAAAUGUCUAUUUUACUACAAUUUUGAGGCACGAAGAGCUUCAAGACAAAGCAGAAAUAAUAGCAAAUGUUAAUAUACUACACCCAUGAUACAAUGACUGUUUAAAGGCUAUCAGGUUUAUUCACUCAAAGGUCCACUGGUUUUCUUUGUUUGUAGUCUUAUGCUGAUCAAGCAAAACAAUAUGAUCACCUGAACAUAGAGCCAACAAACCUGUUUGGACCAUUUCAGAUAGAUACAGAUGGGAACGCCACAAACGCUGAACUGGUUUGGCAACUAUGCAGGUUUAACUGAGGACUAAAGCAGGUUUAAAUCAGGUCUAAACCAGGGCCAAAUCAGGUCUAAACCAGGUCUAAAUUAGAACCAAACCAAGUCUAAACCAGGGCCAAACCAGGUAUAAACCAGAUGUAAACCAGGUCUAAACUAGGGGUAAACCAAGUCUAAACUAGGUCUAAACCAAGUCCAGACCAGGUCUAAACCAGGACUAAACCAAGUCUAACCCAGGUCUAAACUAGGGGUAAACCAGGUCUAAAACACCUUUUUUAGGAACUGACAAAUGCAGAUUUAGAACCCCCCACAAGAGGUGUACAGUACUUAAAACCAGGUUCUGCCCAUUUUAGCCAGGAUUAUAUCAGGUUAGGGUGACCAGAUAUCCCCAAAAAUUCGGAAUCUAAGCUGUUGUCCCUAAUGUCGAAUCCAGCCCUAAAUGUCCCGAAAAUUACACUCAAACAAAAUACUGAGUAGUUAUUUUCUGAUAAACAUUAAGCGGCCCGACAGGUUUAAAGAUUAAAAAUAUUAUUGUCUAUGUAUCAUCAGCAAAAAAAAUGAAAAUAAAAACUCCAUCCCGAAUUUCAGGCAAUAAGGUCUAAACCCGGACUAAACCAGGUCCAAAUCAGGACUUAACCAUGUCUAACCCAGGGAUGUAUACCCAACCCUAAAUAAAAAUUAUCUGUUAUUUCUUUCAAAAAUUGUGAACAGUUUCGGUGUUGGAGUGGCUCAUAUUCAGGCUCAUAAUGUUUUGCUUGAUGGGAGUUUAGUUCCUGGACUGUUUUGUUGCAGACUGACGCAAGUGUUGAAUGAUUUUUUUCUCUAUUUUAAAUUUAAAAUGUGUUUUGUCUUUGUGGAAAGUUGUAAAAGAAAAAUAAUUAUAUUCAAAAUCAUGUUCCCUUUCUAAGUCUGCCUCAGUCCUCCUUCAUAUGUGUUUGUCACUGAAUUGAAAAGCACUUAAAAAUGCAAUAGCAAAACUGAGCCACUUCUUUAAGACCUUGGUUUGGUGGUCAGUAGAAAUCAGAGCUUCUUGAUUGGUGGGUCAGGAGCUCGAGUUUAAUCAAUGUAUUUUUGAGAACUUUUUAUUUUUAAAUGUUCUUUUUUAAAAUUUUCCCAAUUCCAGUGUGUAUGUUAUCUCUGUGUUCUCUUCUCCUCCUCUGAACAUCUGAAACAUGCUUAUGAAUUAUUGGUCAGUUACUGAGACGCAGCUUGGUUCUGGUUUAGUCCAAGUUAACAUUUGUGGAUUGAUUUAGAUCUUACUGAGACCUCGACUGUAGUCCAGAUUUAGGUCUUUUGGUUUACCAGUCUCUAAACCUGGUUAAGAACUAACUGGCCCACAUUUAGUGCAUUUAGACAUGUUUCUAUUUUUUAUUUUUUUAAUCUGGUUUAGUCCUGAUUUAGUCUCGGGUGAGUUAGUUGUUACAAACAUGAAGACUGCAAAUCACACUAGUCCUGGUUUUGUCCUGGUUAGAUCCUGGUUUAAUCGUGGUUAAUUUGGUCCUGGUUUAGUCCUGAUCUGGUCCAGCUUUAGUCCAAGUUGUUUUUCCCCAGUCUAGACCUGUUUGGUACCUUGUUUACUUAGAAUUGUAAUACCUAUAAAGACUGAGUGAGUCCACAUUAUUGCUGUUUGGGAUUAAGUUGCAGUCAGUUACAGUAAAUUACAGGCUUGAGUGAGAUCAUGUCGUGAUCUGGACCUGAUCUGGUCCUGGUUUGGUCCUGUUGUUAGAUCUGGUUUGGUUCUAGACCUGGAUUAGCCCUGAUCUGGUCCAGUUUUAGUCCAAGUUUUAGUUUCUAUAAUUAUGCGUUGUGUGCCUAAGUCAACAUUGUAGUUCACAGUGAGCGACCCGACCCACCAGCUGAGAGCCUCUGCCAGAGAAAACUGUAUCAUAUAAUGUUGUGCUAAAUACUGUACAUGUAAAUAGAAGCAUUUUGUAUCCUCUGAACCUCUGCAUUCAAACACCUUUCAUCAGAACCCACAGCUGAAGACAAUGCAAUGAAAUGGUACUCAUUAUGGCACUUUGCACUGGUUAAAACUACGGGACCUUUGUAAACUUCAUUUGGAGUGAAAUAUUCCAGUCUAUGUCCUAUUUACUUAUGUUCAGAAAUAACUUACUUUUUGUUUAUUUUUUUCUAAACUUAAUAAAUGACC